UUGCUUCCCCCCACCGUUUUCCGUCCAGUCCACCAAUCACAAGCCGGCAUUUGAAAUCAUCUCAACUGCCAAAAGUUGUUCAAGCCUUGGUGGAUGCCUCGCCAUAAAAGCCAAUAAUUCUGAAUAAAACCUGCAAUAAAUAGUGAAAAUGUCAAAAGUGGACGAUUUUGUCGUAGUUCCUGAGUACAUAUACGAUGAGAACACGAAAACAAGAUACAAAAAGGGCCAGUUUUUCGGCAAGGGUGGAUUUGCAAAAUGCUACGAAAUCACAAAUGUGGCAAACAGUCAGACGUUUGCCGGGAAAGUCGUCUCGAAAAAACUCAUAGUCAAGGAAAACCAGAAAGAGAAAAUGACCCAGGAGAUACAAAUACACAAGUCUUUGAAACACAAAAAUAUUGUCGGUUUUUAUAGUUUUUUUGAGGAUAAUGACAACAUUUACAUCGUCUUGGAACUGUGCCGAAAGCGGUCUAUGAUGGAGCUCCAAAAGCGCCGAAAAAUGCUCACGGAGCCCGAGACUCGUUUCUACAUGCGUCAAAUCCUCAGUGGGGUGAGUUACCUCCACCAGAGACGCAUCAUCCACCGCGACCUCAAACUCGGAAAUCUUUUCCUCAACGAUGAAUUAACAGUAAAAAUCGGCGAUUUUGGUCUAGCCGCAACGAUAGAAUACGAAGGCGAACGAAAAAAGACACUUUGUGGUACCCCCAAUUACAUCGCCCCAGAAAUCCUCCAGAAGAAGGGGCACUCUUUCGAGGUGGACAUCUGGUCUAUAGGGUGCAUCAUGUACACACUGCUUGCGGGAAAGCCGCCUUUUGAAACACGUUCGCUUAAAGAAACGUACUCUAGGAUUAAAAAAUGCGAAUACCAUUUCACUACGAACAUCUCGCCGGUUGCGAAGAAUAUGAUUAUGAUUAUGUUGCAAUCGGAUCCGAAAUCACGUCCAAAAGUGACGGAAUUGUUGCAACAUCCGUUUAUUACUGAGGGGUAUUGUCCGGCGUCGUUGCCGGUCAGUAGUCUGACGAUGGCCCCCAGGUUCCAUAAGUAUGAUGCGGCGAUGAGGAAGCCGCUUAGUGGGAUCAACAACGGUGACGCCGUUCCAAAUCCGGAGUUGCGAGUGCAGCAGGAUUCGAUAACGGCACAUCUGACAGGUGCCCCCAAUCAUCACGUGUUCGACGCGAAGGAGAAUUUUGUUACGUUAAAGAGUAUGUUGGGAAAGCUUUUGAAAAUGAAACCGGCGAAAAACCACGUCUUCCUCGACGAGAUGACGGACCCAGCCGCUCAACCCAUGAUCUGGGUGUCCAAAUGGGUCGACUAUUCGGACAAGUACGGCUUUGGCUACCAACUCUCUGACGAGUGCGUCGGUGUCAUGUUUAACGACACCACCAAGCUAAUAAUGCUCCCUAACGGAAUAAACGUCCACUACAUAGAUAAAACCGGUGAGGAGGUGUACAUGACUAUGGACAACUACCCCCGAGUCUACGACAAGAAGAUGAAACUAUUGUCGUAUUUUAGUCGCUAUAUGCGGGAGCAUCUCAUCAUGACGGGGGCGUCGGUGUUGCGCGAAGCAGAUUCACUAUCGCGGACCCCCCACUUGCACCAAUGGUGCAGGUCCACGUCGGGGGUACUCAUGCAAUUGAACAACGGAACAGUGCAGAUGAAUUUCAGCGACCACACCAAGAUUAUUAUGUGCCCCCUUAUGGCCGCCAUCACCUACAUAGACGAAGAGAAGCAGUUUAGGACCUUUAGGUUUUCAUCGUUAGAAAAUAACGGAUGCAACAUUGCUCUUUACGAAAAAAUGAGAUAUGCGUAUGAUAAAAUAUCAAUGUUGCUGAAUCCUGAAAACAAUUACAUGAAAUGAUGACAUCUGAUAUUUUUUGUUCUAGUGGAAAUAACUUAUUUCGGUAACAAGUUUUUACUUUCCUUAUACAUAGUUAUUACUAUUUUAUUAUUUUGUAUUUUUGCGUCUUUAUAAACAUGUUACAUAGGA